AUGCCUAACGAAAUUAGAGACAUCUCCAAAAUCGACAGCACAUCGUAUUCGUACGUCUUCGAGCAGGAUGUUACGAUUCCUCUACAGAGCUCAACUGGGGUGGUUCGUUGCAAUGUAUACCGUCCUAAAUCACAGGAGCACGACAAGUUUCCUGUCAUCAUGACUUAUGGACCAUAUGACUUCUUUCCCAAGUCAUUCGCAGAGGUGAACCCAGAGCACAAAUCUGAACAUUCAGCAUGGGAAACACCUGAUCCCAAAUACUGGACUGCACAAGGAUAUGCCGUCAUUCGUGUCGAUGAGAGAGGCCUAGGUCAGUCUCCAGGUGUACUUGACACAAUGUCUCGAGGCACAUCAGAAGCAUUUUUUGAUGCGAUUGAAUGGGCAGCUGUACAACCGUGGUCGAAUGGCAAAGUUGGACUGCUCGGUAUCAGUUACUAUGCUGGUAGCCAAUGGCGUGUGGCAGCUUUGAGGCCUAAAGGGCUUGCUGCAAUCAUUCCUUGGGAAGGUAUGAGCGACUACUACCGUGAUCGAUGCCGCCACGGCGGUAUCUUAUCUGACAACUUCAUCAGAUUCUGGUGGAAUAGACAGGUCAUUACCAACCAGUACGGUAGACCAGGAAGAAGUAGCAGCAAUUGGGGACCAGAUACGAUCGAAGGUGAUCUAUCUGACGAAGAGCGAGCAAAGAUGCGAAAUGACCAGAACAUCGACAAUGCACAGAACGAGUUUCGCGACCAGCCAUAUUAUGCGUCCAAAGAGUAUGACUUGGGCAACAUUGAAGUGCCACUGCUAAGUGUGGCGAACUGGGGCGGUAUUCUGCUUCAUCUUCGAGGCAAUGUGGAAGGUUGGACUCAUGCAGGAUCGAAGCUGAAGUAUUUGCGAUUCAUAACUGGGCGACAUGACUUGCCAUUCUACUACAAGGAGGAAGUUGAAAUUCAGCACAGCUUUCUCGAUGCAUUCUUGAAAGGUGAAGACAGACUGGGCUGGUCAGUGCCUGGAAAGCUGCCUCCCGUUGAUAUGGUCCUGAGAAAAGGUGAUGUUGGUUUCAAUGAUGCGGAAGCUGAGAAAGCAUAUGCUCGUCGCACUGAGAGUGUUUGGCCAAUCGCUAGAACACAAUACACGAGGUACUACCUGACACCUGAGUUGAGCAUGACAACGACGCCGCCCGAGUCUACAUGCAAAGUUUCAUACGACGCUUUGGGAUCGUUGGACCAGCCACAAUCACUGCAAUUUGCUACAGCACCUAUGCAGAAGGAGACUGAAAUCACGGGCCAUAUCGUUGCACAUCUCAAUGUCUCGGUGACGCCAUACAUCGGUGGCAGCCUGCCAUCCGACAUUGAUCUAUUUCUGACACUGCGACACAUCUCUGCCGCAGGUAAAGAAGUCUUCUACACUGGAACAGCUGGCGAUCCUGUGCCGCUUUGCAAAGGUUGGCUUCGUGUAUCGAUGCGCAAAGUGAACAAUUGUCACUACAAGCAUCGAUCAUACCUGCCGCAUCGCGAUUACUUCUCGACAGACAAGUUACCAGUGCUGUCUGGGGAAGUCUACCCUGUGGAUGUUGAGGUUUGGCCGACGAACGUCGUGCUCGAGCAAGGAGCGAAGUUGAUCUUCGAGGUUUCAAGCGGUGAUACGCAAGGCAGUGGCAUCUUUACGCAUAUAGGCGAGACUGACAGGACGAAGGAAGGACUGAGCGGUUUGAACCAUAUUCACUUCGGAAAGAGGUUCGAGAAUUAUGUAACACUGCCAAUUAUACCGUAG